UCCAUUGGCAAUCGCCCUUAUCUCAUCUCUCUUCCUCUGUCCUCUCAUGGCGAUCAUGGAGUCUCUUUCCAUUUUACUAUCUUCUUCUCCACCCAUCCAAAACAACCCUAAAACCCUAAAACCUGCUACCAACUCCAAACCCAAUUCUCAUCUAAGCAAAUUCACUUUUUCCAAAGAGUCUUCUCUCCAAAAUCGUCUCUCACUUGUGUCAAAUAAGACCACUUUCUCUUUCACUACCAUUCAGCUCUUCACUUCUCUUCCUUGCCUAGCUUCUGAAACUCUAACCUCCCAAACUGAGCAAGUCUCAGACAAAAUAAACUUGGAAUCAAUCUUGGUCUCCAUUGAUGACUUCUUCAACAAAAACCCAUUUUUUGUUGCUGGCUGUACAUUCAUUUGGCUUGUAGUUAUACCUCUUACUGAAGAGUACUUGAGAAAGUACAAGUUUGUCUCUGCCAUUGAUGCAUUUAGGAAACUACGGGAUAACCCGGAUGCUCAGCUUUUGGAUAUUCGGGACAGGAGGAGCGUGGUCGCGCUGGGGUCUCCCAAUUUGAAGAUGUUCGAUAAGAGUGUCGUUCAGGUUGAGUUCCCUGAGGGAGAUGAUGGCGGGUUUGUGAAGAAUGUUUUGAAGAAUUUUCAAGACCCAGCAAAUACCAGCUUGUGUAUUUUGGACAAUUUUGAUGGUGAUUCAAUGAGAGUGGCUGAGUUGCUGUUCAAGAACGGAUUCAAAGAGGCUUAUGCAAUCAGGGGCGGUGUCAGGGGCAAAAAGGGCUGGUUGGAAAUACAGGAAACCCUUUUGCCACCUUCUGUACAUAUGAAGCCUAAGAAGAAGAAAAAGAAGGCUAAAGUUUCACAACUUGGAGUUAAUGGAGGAGUUACUCAGCGAAAUGAUGGUGAGGAUGGCAUGCCCUCUUCUACUAGUUUCCCUCUGGAAGGAAGCCAAAGUGUGGACAAUGGGCAUGUAAACAAGCCCAUGACAUCCACACCUCAUGUGGAAAUCGAUUUCAGAUCUCCUUACCCUAAGUACCCAGAUUUGAAACCUCCAUCUUCCCCAACGCCGUCAAAGCCAUGAGAUUGAUGCAGCAAGUUCGUUGCUUUGAACUGCCUCCUCCUUUUAGGCUGGAACUCAUUUUAGAUCUACGAGGGCAACUCUUUGUAUCUGGUAUUGUUGUCAAUGCAUUUAAUUUUUUUUUUCUCAAUUUUGGCAGCCAUUGAUUCUGUACUCUGUAAAAGCAUGAGGAGACCAUUUUCCCCCUCUUCAGUGACAAGUCAACAUUUCAUUAUGCACUCCAUCGUCUCGCACCAAGAAAUUUUAUCACGUUGAUAGUGUCAUAUUGAUACAACAAUGGGAUUUGAAUUUUGAUUCCAAUAUCUCCUUUUCUUAUGUUA